AUGACUCAGCAACAGCGACAUAUACAUUGUCUUAAAAAAGGACAUUGUUAUCACGUAUUACCUCAUACACCGAAUCCACCGCCAAUGUCUAUUACUUCAAUUUUUGACCAGGAGUUUAAAUAUCAAGAACGAGUUGGAGGUCUUGAUGAUGUGUUUCAAACAAUUUUUGGUGAUGUACUUCUUUCAAGAUUUUAUCCAAGAUCAUUUUUUGACCUGACUGACCUUAAAAAACCUCGCGGUUUCAUACUUUAUGGACAGCCAGGCACAGGAAAAACUUUGAUCGCAAAAACAAUAGCUGAUAUUCUCAAUGUACAGCCGAAAAUUGUCAGUGGACCUGAACUAUUUAAUUGGUUGCUCGGUGAGUCAGAAGCAAAAGUACGAGCUCUAUUCAAAGGAGCUCAUUCAGAUCAGAAAAAAUAUGGCUCACAAAGUCCACUUCAUCUCAUUAUAUUUGAUGAGAUAGAUGCCAUAUGUAAACGAAGAUCAACAGAAAGUUCUACACGUAACUCUGUUCAUGAUAGCAUAACCGCUCAAAUUUUAACAGAGAUCGACGGUAUGAAAUACUUGAAUAAUAUUCUUGUUAUUGGCACGACAAACGUAUUGGAAGUCAUCGAUCCGGCUAUCUAUCGUCCAGGGCGACUGGACACAUUAAUCGAAGUUGGUGUACCAAAUGCAGCAGAUCGAUCAGCCAUUUUUAAUAUUUAUACUAAGACUUUAUUAAAAAACUGUUUACUGUCCGAUGACGUUAACGUCGAACGUUUAAUACAUCAAACUGAUGGAAUGACCGGAGCGCAUAUCGAAAAGCUAGUCCGACGAGCAGUGCACUCAGCCAUGAAGCGAGACAUGGAGACUCAUCGAACAUUACAUAUUUCUGAUGAAGAUGCUGAAAAACUUCAGAUUAAGAACAUUGACUUUAUUGUCGCCUUAACACAACUUCAAACGGAAGCUAAAGAACAUACUGGAUUCUAA